AUGGAUCCCUUCCCAUUUGAACCCUACCGCUCCGCGCGUCUCCUUUAUCGUGCGCCAGAGGAUAACCCAGCAGACGAUUCAUUCUUCCAAGCUCUCUACGCCGACCCCUUAGUCAGAUCUAUGGCAACUGCCGGCCUCAUACGUCCGCUCAGCACAAAGGAGCGGAAGGACUUGCGAGCAAGGCUUGCUGGUGCAUUCAUGUCAGUCAUGAUAUGUAUCAUCCCGGACGAGGGCUCCGACAAGGUGCCUGAGACAAUUGGUGUGAUUUCAUUAAAAGGGCAAGCCCCUGCCUUCACUCAUAAUCGCACACAUGAGUUAGCGAUCACUAUUGCGCGCCAGUACCAAGACAAGGGGUAUGGGACUGAGGCUAUCUCAUGGAUGCUGGACUGGGCUUUCUCGACUGCGGGCCUGCACCGCGUUGAGCUGAUGGUCUCUGAGUGGAACGAGAGGGCACAAAAGGUGUACCGAAAGCUUGGGUUUGUAUCUGAGGGACGGAAGAGGCAGUGUGUGUGGAAAGGUGGGAGAUGGUGGGAUGCACUCCAUAUGGGCAUUUUGGCGCAUGAGUGGGAGGCGAAGAAGGCUGCUGACUCCUGA